ACAUCGUCGGUUGGCAUUCGGGAUGCUGCAGCAUCUCGAAAUUUAAGAGGAGGCCAUCACAGUUCAGGAGAGGAUCGUAAUGAUGUUUUCGUCUCGCAACUCGUAACUGUGCCGUUGCUGCAUUGCGCCUUCCCAGUGCAAGAGUUCUGCCGUUCUAUUGCAUGAUUGAGAACACGCAAUCCUCGGAGUAAGUUGACACUAGAGUUGUUGCUGCAGAUGUCGGGCGAAAUGAACACGUUCGUGCCCGGAGGUGCUGUUGUGCCGGCGUCCAAAGUGGAACUGGGCAUUUCGUGCAGAAAUCUGAGGAACUUGGACUACACGUCCAAGUCCGACCCAAUGUGUGUUGUGUUCAUGAUGGACAUCAAAAACAAUCAAUACAGAGAGGUUGGUCGCACAGAAGUGAUCAAGGACUGCCUGAAUCCGGAUUUCGUCACCAGGAUCGUGCUGGACUACUACUUCGAAGAAAGUCAGCGAAUGCGAUUUGACGUGUAUGACGUGGAUUCCAAAAGCACACGGCUCGCAGACCAUGACUUUCUCGGACAAAUGGAGUGCUCACUAGGAGAAGUUGUAUCUGUCCAGGGCACCAGUUUCACAAGACCACUUAGGGACCAUGCAAACCGAAACUUGGGGACCAUCACUGUCAUUGCUGAGGAAGUCAGCUCAUGCAAGCAAGUGAUAACGAUGCAGUGGCAAGCCAGGAAGCUGGACAAAAAAGACUUUUUCGGAAAAUCCGACCCAUUCCUUGUUUUCUACAAGUGUAACGAAGAUGGCAGUUUCUCAGCUGUAUGGAGAACGGAACCAGUCAUGAAAAAUCUCAAUCCGACCUGGCAGCCGUUCAGCAUCAAGAACAGCGUCCUCUGUGGUGCCGACAUGGACAGAAACAUCAAGGUGGAAUGCUACGACUGGGAUAGCGACGGAGGUAGCCAUGACUUCAUUGGAGCAUUUUCCUGUACCUUGAGACAGCUUCAGAAAGGCCCCUGUUCUGAGAAUGUCUUUGAGUGCAUAAACCCCAAGAAAGCCAGCAAGAAAGGAUACAAAAACUCUGGGACUGUAAUACUCAUGAGCUGUGCCAUCGUAGAACAGCCCACUUUUCUGGACUACAUUCAGGGAGGCACCCAGCUCCACUUCACGGUCGCCGUGGACUUCACCGCGUCCAACGGAGAUCCCCGAACACCCAAUUCCCUGCACUACAUGGAUCCCAGCCGCCCCAACCCGUACGUGCUGGCGAUUCACGCCGUCGGAGGAAUCAUACAGGACUACGACGCCGACAAAAUGUUCCCCUCGCUGGGAUUCGGGGCCAGACUGCCUCCCGGUGGAAUGGUCUCGCACGAGUUCUUUUUGAACGGCAGCACCGACAACCCAUACUGUGCUGGAGUGGAGGGCAUCCUAGAAGCCUAUCGGAAGACGCUGUUCUCGGUGCAACUUUACGGACCUACAAACUUCUCUCCCGUCAUUAAUCACGUGGCUCAGUUUGCAUCAUGUUACCAAGGCGACGGCUCGCAAUACUUUGUGCUCCUGAUCAUCACGGAUGGAGAGAUCACGGAUAUGACCCAAACAAAGGCAGCAAUCGUAAGAGCCGCGUCGCUUCCCAUGUCAAUCAUCAUUGUAGGGGUCGGAAACUCAGGCUUUGACGCAAUGAAUGAAUUGGAUGGUGACUCGGUUCGAAUUAGCUCGGGAGGAAAAGUGGCAGAAAGAGACAUUGUGCAGUUUGUGGCCAUGCGGGAAUUCCUCGGACACAACAACUUCGUCGAAGACAAGGCGAGACUAGCCAAGGAGGUUCUUGCCGAGAUUCCUCAACAACUCGUCAGCUACAUGGUCAAGCGUGGGAUUCGUCCUAAACCUCGCCCGCAGCAGGCACCUUUCCAGGCCGGUCAACAGGGCUCCGACUUCGGAGCUACGGCGCCACCUACAUGAUAACUCUACUGCCUCUUCCACGCUUAACGCUUUUGCGGCUACGCAGUGCAGCGCUUCUAAACAGGGUUCUAGAAUCGCAAAGGCCGUCGGACGUCGGUUGGUUGCGGCAUUAUCCGACUCUUCAGAAUUUUAUGCUUUUAAUGGGGGGGGGGGGGGGGGGGGUACGCCGUUGGAGGGUGAUACUCAAAAACAGGAGGUAUAGCAUCAUUUUGUGUACGCGCGUACGUUACUACUGCCUGUCUAACUGUAUGUCACUUCGGAACGGCUCCUUCAAGGUCAUGUCUUCACAGUAGAAAGAGCUUCGCUAAGCUGCGGAGCUCUUUCAACGCAGUCUGGGGAAGCGAUGACAUGACCUCUUAGUGGGUUGUUCACAGCAGAGGAAGGUGAAGAAAGCAACCAGCGUCCAGAACAGUAAUGAUAUGCAGGAGUAAUGAUAUGCAACGGUGAAGCCUUCUUUAAUAUUCACAAGCUUUCAUGUAGUAGUCUCCAUUUCUUCGGGUGUCAAAUGUUUGUACAAGUUGUACAAGUUGCACAAAU